CAGAGACAAGUUUUUCUUCUUUUUAUCUUAAUUUAAAAAUUUGUAUUUGACAUCGGGACGUCUUGGGCACAUGAAGGCAACACGGCAGGCCGGUUCGGGCGGAGUCGGGCGGAGUCGGGUGGACUCGGCAGCCGAAGAGGGGGGCACUGUUUUCAUUCGUCAGGGCUGCGUGUCGAGCUUUUGUCCAGGAGAAAUGGCUGGGAUUAAAGCUCUCAUCAGCCUGUCCUUCGGAGGGGCCAUCGGCCUCAUGUUCCUCAUGCUAGGAUGUGCCCUCCCCGUGUACGAUAAAUACUGGCCUUUGUUCCUGCUCUUCUUCUACAUCCUCUCCCCGAUCCCGUACUGCAUCUCGCGGAGGGUGGUCGACGACACAGACUCGGCCAGUAACGCCUGCAAAGAGCUGGCCAUCUUCCUCACGACGGGCAUCGUCAUCUCAGCCUUCGGCCUGCCCAUCGUCUUCGCAAGAGCCGACGUAGUAAGUCUCAGUGGAGAGAUCACUCCACCAAAACUGGAAACCUAAAAUCAAAAUCAAAGGAAACAAGACAACAAAUGCAAAAUCAAAACCUCAUUAUUUCCACAUCCUGAAAAAGUGGAAAGGAUACAAAGAGUAGAUCAGUA